GCCUCCCCAGUGUCAGUUAAAAACCGCCGCCGGACGCCAUCUCUUUCUUUCGCUUUCUUCACCAUCAUUCGUCUGCAAUUCCGCUGCUACCCGACCCGUUCUUCUUCCUUUCCAGGUCAGUUCCUUUUCUCGCCGCCAUGAUUGUUUCAGAUUCCGAUUCGGCUACCCCAUCGUCCAAUUCUCGCCAAGCCGAUCAAUCGGCCUCUGGCCGUAACCCCGACCACACUCAAUCACCCCAGCCGUCACCGUCGGCCGUGUCUGGCCAUAAACGGCGUCGAUUGAGGAAGCAAUUCCCCUCCUCAACCCCGGUAGAUGAGGGCUCGAGGGUUGGAUUGGACGAAAACAUCAUGGCGCUGUGCCAUUGCCAGAUUACUGACCGGGGGUUCGCCGAUGCUACUGACAUGGUCGGACCUUCCAUUGAAGUCAUGAGACCUACCAGCACCCAAACCGCCCUGGACGCCCCUUCAGGGUUCUUCACGGUCCAUCUGGCGUCUUUGAAGAAGGGGCUGCGCUUCCCACUCCACCCGCUUUUGAUUGAAUUCCUCAACGUGGUGGACCUUCUUCCGUGUCAGUUGGUCCCCAACUCUCACCGGUACAUCGCCGGUUAUUUGGUCUGGUGCAAGGUUGUAGGGGUGAAACCAACUUUGGACCAUUUCCUAUUUACUUUCAAGCUGACCAAGGGUCAUAAGGAUUGGGCGUCCUAUGCCAGCCUUUCCCAGAGGUCCAGUAAGCUCUUUGCUAGUGACAUGAAGGGGUCAACCAAAGACUGGAAACCCUUCUUCGUUUUCGUCUCGACGGGGCCCGAAUCUCCUUUCACGGGUUCAGGGCGCCUUUCCUUCCGCCGCAUCCCAUGCCCCCCCGAUGCCACCCUUUUGUCCAUCACUCGCCAACUCUGCAAUAAGGGAGUUAUGAACAUCAAAGAGGUGGUGACAGAGGAAACCCUUGCCGGGUUGGGGUUUGAGUUUGUUCAGGAUGAGCUUCGUCACCAACCCGACCUACUGAGGGACAUUCCCGGGGGGCAUCAGCCUGACCAGCUGAAGGACAUUCUUGAGGAAGGUCUUGACUGUGGUCCUUUUGUGGAGGACCAAGAUGAUGCUACCCUGGAAACGGGUACAAUGACGGGCCAUUCCCCUCCUCACUCUGUGAGGCCGGGUGGCGACCUCGCUGGGUCGUCACAAGGUGUUGCCUCGGAGCGACCUCCUUUGCGUCCCGCGGUGACCUACGAGGUGGCGAUCGGGGGUCGCUCGACGAGGCUUUGCAUUCCUCCUCUGCCCCAAAGCUUAGGAGACGUGCAACUGGAGACCCUGAUCACCCUGCCCGCGGAGGACCAAGCCCGCAUCUCGGCCGGUUCUGAGGACGACCUUGAUAACAUGGUCCUCUUGAGGCUAAGCCAGGCCACGCUGGGGAUGAUCGAGGUGGUUGGUAGGAGACGGGGUCACCAAGCUGCCUUGGGCGAGGCGUUGAAGACAUCGGACGCCAGGCAGAAGGAAUUGCAGGAGGAGGAGAACCGCUGCGUCGCCCUCGAGGCAGACAAGGCCUCCUUGUCCUUGGAGGUAGAAUCUGUUUCUGCUCGCGUGGUCGAGCUGGAAGGGGAGAAGUCUGAUCUGAUCCAGCAGUUGGAAGUGGAGAGGAGCGACCGGGUCCGCCAUGCAGAAGAAGCGGUAGAAUCCUUCAAGUCUUCUCCUGACUUCACGAUGGUCGCGAUGGAGCGGAUGGAAGAGCUAACAGCCGCUUGGCUCAAAACUGAACCUGGGGCUCAAUGGAUGGUCAAGGAGGGGACCAAGUCCUUCAAUUGUGGACUCUUCCGCGCUCAACAGGUCUUCCGCGACAGACUGGCUCAGCUCCCCAAAGGAUUCUCUCUCCCCGACCUCGGCUUUCCCCCUCCUUGCCGUUCCUUGGCCGAGUUCGACCCCAGCCCUUACUUGGACGGAAGGAGCUCAAGCGCGUCUGAAGAAGAGGAAGAAGAAGAAGAGGAAGGUGGACUGAGCGACCAGAAUCCAGGGGCCAGCUUAGCCACGUCCAAAGCGGGUGGACAUUCCGGCUCGACCGUCUGAACUCCCCUGUUGUUCCCCCACAGCUUUAUAAACACUUGCCUCUUUUUUUUCGGAAUGAUUUGUCGUUUUGAUACAAUGCUCCUAUGUUGUCUGAUUUUCUGGAUUCACCAUGUGCUUUCUUUUUUCGGCGUUUCACUUCAGCACUCUCUUUUUUAAUUUAGCUGGUUAACAUGGACGUUUUC